ACGCAACGUCAGUCGCGCGCCGCCCGUCGCAGCGCCUGGAUCCGCUCGUGCUGCCGCCCCGCGCCGCCGCCACGCGCCCAAUGGCGCCCCGACUGGCACCUUGCUCACGCGGGUAAUCUGCGGUGAGCAGCGGACGGCCGCGUAGCAAACACAUAUGCUGACGAUAUGGACACAGUAUGGCCGCGGCACAUUGGCACAACUCGCUGGAAGGCCUGUCGCUGUCGCUCUUAUGUCUCUUCGCCGCUACUCUUCAAGUCACAAGCGUGGUCGCGGGCGAGUCGCUGGAGCUCUCGAGCAGGGCCGCGCUCGCCGACCCCUCGCCUACUAAACUUCCAAAGUGCGACCAGACGUUCGUGAGCCGCGACGGCUUGACCAAUGGCACGUUCAACGCGCCCGAGCUCAUCAACCCCAACAACCACAGCCGCCAGUGCCUGUACACCUUCCUCGCGGCGCCGGGCCAGCGCGCGCUCAUCGAGUUCCGCACCUUCGACCUGCGCGGCAAACCCCCCGAUGGCGCCGCGGUGGGGGAGCUUCCAGCAUGCAUGCGCGAGUACAUGGACAUAUACUCGGAGAUGGCGUCCCUGGAGGCGGGCGAGCUGGUGAACUCUGCGUUCGGCGGGCGCUACUGCGGGCCCAUCCCGCCGCGCCGCCGCGUGUCGCUGCACCGCGCCGUGGCGCUCUCCUUCUACACCGACAAGCCCUACACGCCGCCCUCGCUCUUCACCGGCUCCUACCAGUUCAUCAACGCCUCGGAGUUCGAGAUCGGCACGCCGGUCCCGAACACCAUGUGCUCGUUCAUCAUCGACGCGAGCAAGCGCAAGACGGGGCUGCUGCUGUCCCCCACCUACCCCGGCGUGUACCCCAAGGAGCUCAAUUGCAACUACCACUUCGUGGGGCAGCCGGGGCAGCGCAUCCGGCUCGAGUUUCGCGACUUCGACCUGUUCUUCGGCGGGCCUCAUUGUCCAUUCGACUGGGUGCGCGUGUACGACGGGCCGGACAACACGUCGGCGGUGGUCGGCACGUACUGCGGCCAGCAGCGCAACCUCGUGCUCUACUCCAGCAACGAGCGCCUGCUGGUCACCUUCUACUCGCUGCCGCGCUCCGCCAACACGCAGAACCGCGGCUUCAAGGGAAUCUUCGAGUUCUCGGAGAGUUUUGUUAAGUUAGAUUUUAUAAGUAAACACGACGCCGAGCACAUUAGGGGCUCCGAGUGCGACCAGAAGAUCCUCAGUAAGAAGGAGUCUUCUGGAUUCGUGUACCAUCCAAAUUAUCCAUUCCCCUAUAUACAAAAAGUUGUUUGUAGAUAUUUUAUAUAUGGUAUGCAAGAUUCACAAAAUUUGGAAAGGGUGCGACUGGAGUUUCAAAACUUUUCUAUACCAAAAUCGGACAAGCCUAAACCAGAUAGCGCGUGUUCGGACGGGUACCUGAAGGUGUACCUGCGCGGGCAGGAGGCCACGGACUCGUACGACAAGCACGACGCGGAGCUGUGCGGCGAGAGCUCGCUGGAGCCGCCGUACCCGCCGCUGCUCACGUCCGACGGCCCGCGCCUAGUGCUCGUCUUCAGCUCGGGCGAGCUGCAGGGCAGGGGAUUCAAGGCCAAAUACACGUUUGAGACUGAGUACCGCGUGCCGGGCACGGCGGCGCCUACCGGCGAGUGCGCAUUCACGUAUCGCUCGGAGGCGCGCAAGCGCGGCGAAUUCAACUCCCCGCGCUACCCCUCCAAUUACCCCUCGCGCAUGAACUGCACCUACACGCUCGACGCCACGCCCAACGAGCAGGUCACCGUCGUCUUCGACCACUUCAAGAUGAGGGCCGACGCCUGGAAUGCCACGGCUGGUCUAUACGGCGGCGCAACAUGCACGGAGGACUGGGUGGAGGCGUGGUGGACGGGGCGCGAGGGGUCGCGCGUGUCGCUGGGCCGCUGGUGCGGCGUGGCCACGCCGGGCCCGCUGCGCUCGCCGCGCGGCGCGCUCGGCCUGCGGCUGGCGCUGCACACCGACGCGGAGAAUGUCGCUUCCGGGUUUAAAGCGAGAUAUGUUUUUGAGCCGGCGAAAUCAAUAUUCGGCGAUUGCGGCGGCAACGUGUCCGGCGCGGAGUGGGGCGCGAUCACGUCGCCGCGGUUCCCGCUGCCGUACGAGCCGCCCGCGCGCGGCACCGCGUCCCGCGUCUGUAACUGGUUCGUCACCGCGCGCCCCGGCAAGCGGUUGCUGCUCAAUUUUGACCACUUCGCUGUGGAGGGACAUCUUACCGAGCGCGGCUGCCCGGCGGCAGUGCUGCGGCUUUGGUACGAGUCGCCGGGGCCGCCGCUCGAGCUGUGCGGGGAGAAGGCGCCCGGCGACCGCUGGCAGUACCUGUCCUCGUCCAACUCCAUCCGCCUCUCGUUCAUAGUGGCGGACAAGUCCGUGGGCGCGGCGGGCUGGCGCGCCGUGUGGACGGAGGUGACGGUGCCGGAGGCGGGCUCGUGCCCCGCGCAGGCGCCGGGCGCGGGCGCGGGCUCGUGCGCCGGCGCCUGCCUGCCGCCCGCCGCCGCCUGCUCCGGCCUGCAGCACUGCGCCACCGCGCCCGCCCACCGCGCUCCGCACUGUUAGUAUCCCACGCUUACAC